UUUUUAAUAAGUGGUUAGUGCUUUAAUGAAAAUACAACCCAGGGAUGUGACAGAGACCUGCAGGUACUUUCUCAUGGCCAGGGAGGGGAUAUUUGAGCUGAGACCUAAAUGAUGUGAAGGAGCCCUGAGGAGUCAGAGCCGAGGGUUAGGGUUGAGAAGGAAAAGCAUUCAAGGCUGCAGGAACUGCCGGGGCAGAACUCCGACGUGGGAACCAGCAAAUGCACGGGCAGAUGUUCUGAGCUCACCGGCUUCCAGGGCUGCUGGGAAACCCUAGCCUCCUGCGUCUGGUUGUGCACUCCUGCAACCUUCACUGCAGGCCUAGCUGUCGACUGACUCCAGGCAGAGUCUGGGCGCUGAAGUUGCGUUUCAGGCCGGCGGGAGUGGCGGAAGCAGAAAUGGAUAAUCCCCAGAAGCAGAGGUCCGGGCGACUCCAGGGGCCGGGUUGGGUGGCUGGGAAGCUGGGCCGGGCCUCGCGGGCUGGAUAGGAGCCCGCCCAGAGGAGGCGUCUGGGCCGAGGCCGUCCCAGGCUUGGCUCUGCGGGAGAAGUGGGCCGGGCGGGGAGAGGGGGACUGGAGGGGGGAAGGGAAGGUCUCCGAGUUCUCUGGGAGGUGGACUGGGGUCCGAGGCCCCCGGACGGCCUGAGGUGGGACUCUGCGUUCGAGGCCUCCCGGCACUGACCAGCACCGUGGCUCAGGCGGGUCACGGCCUGUCGGGCCUCAGUUUCCCUCGGACAUGGAUCCCGGGGCGGCUUCGCGGAUCGCGAGGCCUAGUGCCCCGGAAACCACGUGGUCAAAGGGCUGAGCCGUGUGGCCAGACAAGAGAGGCCCCUGCCCCUGCCCACUGAGCUCUGCUGCUGUGUUGAAGCCCCGCCAUACCUCCUGGGCUGAUACAAUCACAUUAUCCUUGAGUCCUCUGAUGUCCAGUUUUUUGCAUGAUCCUCACAAUAGCCCUUUGAGAGAAAAGGCAGGGGAGACUAGCCCAUUUCACAGAUGAAGACACUGAGCACCUCAGGGCACAGCACGUGAGAAGAGCCCACAGGCCUGGGGCCCGGGUCUUUCCAGGGCCAGUGCUCUCCUCCCACCGGGGCACAAGGGCUGCCUCCCUCCGAUCUGUGUCCACCUCUCUCACCUCACAGUUCUUAUGGGAGCCAUGAAGCUGAACGAGAGGAGUGUGGCCCACUACGCCCUGAGCGACUCCCCAGCAGACCACGCAGGCUUCCUGCGCACUUGGGGGGGCGCAGGGACUCCAUCCACCCCCAGUGGCACUGGCCGAAAGUGCUGGUUUGUCCUUAAAGGCAACCUGCUGUUCUCCUUUGAGAGUCGAGAGGGCCGGACCCCACUGAGCCUAGUGGUGCUGGAGGGCUGCACAGUGGAGUUGGCCGAGGCCCCCGUGCCUGAAGAGUUUGCCUUUGCCAUCCGCUUCGACGCCCCUGGAGUGCGCCCACGCCUGCUCGCGGCGGAUGGGCCGGCGGCCCAGGAGGCCUGGGUGAAGGCGCUGUCCAGGGCAAGCUUUGGCUACAUGCGCCUGGUGGUGCGUGAACUGGAGAGCCAGCUGCGUGAUGCCCGCCACAGCCUGGACCUGCAUCGCCACUCAUCCUGGAAGGCCAUUCCCAGCCGCUGGAAGCCCCAGGCUCCUGACCACUGGUCUCCGGGCCUGGAGAACGGUCACUCCCUCUCCAGAGAUUGCAGCCCUGUGGGCUUGGUGGAAGAAGGGGGCAGCAGGCCAGCAGGGCGGGGCUUGGCCGAGUGGGAGUCGCAGGGCCCUGCCAGCCUCCUCCUAGGCAGGGGGCAGAGCCCCGUGUCCCCUGAGACCUCCUGCUUCUCUACUCUACAUGAGUGGUAUGGCCAGGAGAUUAUGGAGCUGAGGCGGGCAUGGCUGCAGAGUGCCCAGGGGAGCCAGCCAGAAUGCGAGGAACGGGAUAGGCCCUGAGCCUGGGCCCUUCGGGUUCCGCCCUUGUCCUGCUGGUCAGGACACCAGGGCCAGUGCUUUUUCAAGAGUUUAAUGUUUACUGGUUUCUGAAGUUGCUGUUGGAUGUGAGUUCUCCCUCCCCUUCCUGCUUUUGAGGCUUGCUCCAGGUUCCAAAUCCACCCUCACACCUCGAGGGGACUGAGGAAUCAUUAACUUUCAACCCCUUUAUUUCCUGAGGGCCAGAGAGGAGAGGUGGCUUGCUCAGCAGCCCCAGACCUAGGUCUCCUGACUUGCCCUCUCUUAGGGGAUAUUAAUGAAAUGGAGGAAGUGGGGAAUGUGACAUGGCCACAGGCCGCUCUGCCUUUCACCUACACACGAUUCUACAGACACAAUUUCCAACAUGGGGAAUCUUGUAUAAAUACCAGAAGUUGGCUGCAGUGUUGGCCUGAGGGACCGAUAUUGUCAGUAAAAGUGGAUUUACUGUGUUAUGGGGGUUUCUGGGGCCCGGCUCAUCCCGAGUGAUGAGAAGAUUGGGCAUGGGACCCCCGCUGUGCAAUCUGGACAGGACCCUUUGGAGGGAGCGGGCACUUAGCCAGUCGAGAGGGAUUUAUCCUGCUCCGAAGGCGUUAGGGCCCUAUCUUCUUUCCCUGGCUGCCCUGUCAACAGACGCUGCUUGGUCAUUGCCCCAGGAGGGCCAGCAGCUUUUGUAUGUCAGCAGAAAUCCUUCCUGUACUCUGUCCUCAGCUGCCAAGUGGGAAGCUGAAGUGGGGAGGCAGUGAGGCUCCCUGGGAAAGCCAGUUUCUUACCUUGGUUUUCAGUCCUGGGCAUUCUAGGAGCUUGGGCACAGGAUUCCUGGCACCCUGUGAUAAACUCUUCUCUCUUGGCUGGACUCCCAGAGAGACGCUCCUGAUCCUGAAACCCCCUAGGAACUGGUUCACAGUCCUGCUCGGCACCCAGUGUGUACCUGCCAAGAUCCUCUCGUUCCUACUCUCACCAGCAUGGUGCCGAGCAUUUGCUUUAUCGAUUGUUCUGAGAGGGAAAGUGGCUGGUUGGACAGAGCCAGAGGCCAGAUCAGCCUGAUAGCCUAGGGGUGUGGUGGCAGUGGCUGGGUGGAAGAUGCAGAGCCUGGUCCAGUCAGCCCCCUCCUCCAAUAUACACACUCUCCCCCUUCUCAGCCUCUCUCCCUUAUUGGGGCCUUGGACAGCCUGAGCUAGAGGCUUCGGCUCAGAGCCUCUUAAGUCCAGGAGGCUGACAUGCCGUCCAGGGUCCUGGACCAGUUCCUAGGAAGCCAGGCCUGUUUCCCAAGAAGAGGGGCCACCUUCCCAGCCCUUUAUGGGAGCCCCACAGCCCCGAUGUGUCUUGUUUUAUACACAGACACUACGGGCUUUUUGUUAUCUUGCUUAUUGUUACAGUGCUUUUUACACGAUUAAAACAUUAUGUUUUUUUAUUACUUAUUUUGGCUCAAGUUUACUUUAGCAAUCACCUGGACAGUUUGUGUGAAAGCCCCCAUUUUCCCCCUUUUCAGAUAUAUUUUCCAUUUAGCUAUACAUAACAUAUACCUUGGCAUGAAAUAAAAUUCCAAAAUCAUUCAAGUAG